AAAGAAUUAUAACAACACCACAAUCUGUGUCCUUCAACAAUUGAUUUCAUGUGAACACAAGUCGCUGGUCUAUUAUGACCACAACCUAAAAUUUUCAGUCUGUGCCGGUCGGUGGAUGCGGUAACAUCGCCCACAAACCAGAAUCUACAAUACCUCGUAAAUUGGUAUUUGGUAUAAUAUUUUAAUUCAAAGUGAGUUUUACAUUUAUUUUAUUUCGAUAAUAAUGAUUCUGUACAAGUGAUUCGAGUUCCCACGUGGUUUUUAGUGACUUAAUAGUUGAGCGGUAUUGACUGUAAUUGAUUUGUUUUAAAUUUAAACGUAGUAAUAAAAAGUGAUUGCAAUUUAGCACUGGCUAAAGUGGCGUUUAUAUAAAAAGAAAUCCUGAUAACGUAAACACGCCAUCAAAAUGGAAGACGAAGAAGUCACUAAAUCGCUCAAAGAGAAAGAGGCGACUCCGAUCAAAAGCACAGACGAAGAUGGGGACAUCCAGCUCAAAGCCAAAAUGAGUCUUCUCAAUGGUAUCACAGUUAUUGUUGGUUCCAUUAUUGGUUCUGGUAUUUUCGUAUCGCCAACUGGAGUCCUCAAAUACACUGGAAGUGUCAACAUGUCGCUAGUAGUAUGGACGAUAUCUGGAUUGUUCUCCAUGGUAGGUGCAUAUUGCUAUGCAGAAUUGGGUACCAUGAUAACAAAGUCAGGAGCGGAUUACGCGUACAUCAUGGAGACAUUCGGACCAUUCAUGGCUUUCAUCAGGCUUUGGAUCGAAUGCAUGAUAGUCCGGCCCUGUUCUCAGGCUAUUGUAGCUUUAACUUUUAGUGUUUAUAUUUUAAAACCAUUCUUCCCAGAGUGCCAACCACCUGAUGAUUCUGUGAGGAUGUUGGCAGUUUGCUGUAUAUUGAUUUUGGCAUUUAUAAACUGCUGGGACGUAAAAUGGGCCACAAAUGUGCAGGACAUAUUUACUUAUGCUAAACUAUUGGCUCUUUUCAUUAUUAUAGCUGCUGGAAUUUAUCAGCUAUUCACAGGUCACACAGAACAUUUCACAUUUGAUAAUACAACGUCUGAUGUAACAUCCCUGGCUCUUUCAUUUUAUUCUGGAUUAUUUGCUUAUAACGGCUGGAACUACCUCAAUUUCAUCAUUGAAGAACUGAAAGAUCCAAUAAAAAAUCUGCCAAGAGCCAUUGCCAUUUCUUGUACUCUAGUCACAUUUGUCUACGUUUUGGCCAAUGUAGCUUUUUACACAACCUUGUCUCCAGAAGAAGUUUUGGGAUCAGAAGCUGUUGCAGUCACUUUUGCUGAUCGGCUAUUCGGAGUGGUUGCCUGGACAAUUCCUGUUUUCGUGGCCUUAUCAACUUUUGGAGCCGUCAACGGAAUUCUUCUGACAUCAUCCAGAUUGUUUUAUGCAGGAGCAUGCGAAGGUCAAAUGCCUGAAAUUUUGACAAUGAUCCAAACAUCCAGGUUGACACCAACUCCUGCAGUUUUGGCCAUGGCUUUGCUUUCAAUGCUCUAUUUGACUGUCUCUGAUAUAUUUGCAUUGAUCAACUAUGUUGGCUUUGCUACUUGGUUAAGUAUUGGUGUAGCUGUAUUAUGUCUGCCCUGGUUGCGGUAUGCCCAGCCAAAUCUUCCAAGGCCCAUCAGGGUGCCCUUGAUUUUCCCAGUAGUAUAUUUAGUUGCAAGUCUUUUUGUGACUAUUGUGCCAAUGAUUGCAAGUCCUGUGGAAACUGGAUAUGGUUGUUUGAUGAUUUUGACUGCCGUUCCUGUUUAUUUGAUCUUCAUUGCUUGGAAGAAUAAGCCUUACUUCUUCCAGAAGGGCAUGUGUACUAUGACGAAAACGCUGCAAAAGUUAAUAAUGGUAGUAAGACCAAAAGCACAAACCAAGUAAAUCAUCUGAUUUUUCUUAAUCACCAACAAGCCAAACAAAUGUGAUAAAACUCCAUUCCAAACUUGCCGAAAAUUUUAAAAAGUAUUUAAAAUAAUCUACAUCCAAAAACUGCAUAAGAAAAUGGUACGUGUACAUAAUUACCGUAGAUUAAUUGAUUUUUAUUAAAAUUCUUAUUUAUC